UACUCUCUCUCUCUCUCUCUCUCUCUCUCUCUCUCUCUCUUCAUCUAUGUGUGAGUGGGUUUAAUGGUUGAAGGGAUGAAGAAGAUCAAUUUGAUAAUAAGGAAGUGCAAGAGUUUAUCUAGGCAAUUGGGGAGGUCUUCAUCUUACAGUAGCUUGAGGUCUAAAUCAACUAGAGAAGAACUUCAUGUGGUAGACACAACAGAAGAAGAGCAACGUGAGAUUGUGUUUGUUGGAAGGUCAAGGAAGCGUUACAUGAUCAGUACAAAACACUUGAAUCAUCCACUUAUAAAUGCACUUAUUGAGAAAUCAAAGGAAAAGCCUGGUGGAGGAGGUAUCUCUGUGAAGUGUGAAGUUGUCCUGUUUGAUCAUCUUUUAUGGAUGCUUGAGAAUGCAGAUCCAAACAUUACUUCUGAUUCACUAGAAGAGUUGGCUGAGCUCUAUACUUACUGAUCAAUUUCAUGGAUCUGUUAGAGAUUGAACGCUUCCAUGCAUUGGUUCUUUUCACAUUAUCAAUGUUCCUAACUCAUCAUCAUCACUACUGUUUGGUUUAAUUCUAUGUACUGAGGCCUUCAUGCUUAUUUAUGAUGUUUAUGUUGUGAUUCUCAAAAAUAUAAGGAUCUUGAUCCCUUUAAACCUUA